GGCAACACUGUUAUCCGCAAUAGUUGUUUACAUUUGACAGCUGUGUAGCAGCUGUUACUGUUGACAGUUGUUAAAAGUUUCAUCUGAUAUAUAACAAUUUUGAUUGAGUGGCCUAUAUUGGUGUUUUACUUAAAAUUAAUUAAUUUUAAACAAUAAAACAAACCGCUUAAACACGAAUUUUACAAUACAGUAUUAUUGCCUGCAGUCCUAGCAAUGAACAGAAGUGUAUUCUUCAUCGCGCUGAUUUUGGCUGCCUGCCUCAGUACAGCAACUGCAGAAAUGCCAGCCUUUAAAACCAUUUUUAAGUUCUUUUCAUAUGGCGGCGCGAGUGACUAUAACGGCAAUGGCACUCGCACCAAAGACAUCUCACAGAUGACACCCGAAGAAUUGGGUAUUUCACGCGGUCAAUGCCAUUACGAUUUUCUGCCACACAUAACGUACAGUGAACGUUUAUAUUGUGCACCAGAUGAUCACCACAUAUUGCACUUAUUACCGAGCAAUAUUACGGAAGCUUUGCGCAAACCACCAAUAAUGAUGCGCUGCUUGCAGCCAGAGCGACACGAGAACGCAACACGCAAUGAUAAUACACUAUUGAUUAUGCAAAAUCUAAAGGAUAUAGUGGCGCUACUCAAACCAGUGGGUAAUGCGACUAAGCGUCAUGAGCCGGGCAGUUGUGUAAUUGUACUCUUCUACACCGAAUCGAGUCUUGGCUGUGCACAUGUUGCACCCUACGCCAAUAUGCUACCCAUACUAUUUCCCACAUUACGUUUCGCCGCUAUUGAUGCUUUCAAAUUUCCCAGUUUCAAUACAGAGUUCGGUAUAGUCGGUUUGCCAACGCUGCUGCUAUUCCAUCAAGGUCGACCGAUAGUGAAAUUCUACAGUGACAUCGGUACGUUUCAUGCAUUCGUCACACGUCACACCGGCAUCAAACCGAUUGAACCAAUGCCAAAGGAUUUAGAAGUAACCGGCCCAUUGCCACUACAGCCAGUGCCGCAAGUCGAUUACGUGCUCAUACUUGCAUGGGCCUUCAUAUUGCUAUGUGUGGGAAAUUACUUUGCAAAGUCGCACUUGUGCAAGCAAAUUGUUGAGAUGAUCAAGCGAAAUUGGCGUGAAUCGGAAGCACGCAUGGAGCGACAUUAGAAAUGUACAAUUUUAAGUUUGAUUUUAAGUAAGUGAUUCAUUGCAAAGCUGUUUCAUCCAGAUUCUCAUCAUAGUUUUUUAUUUCGAAUAAAAAUUUAAAUAAAACUAAAA